AUGUUCCACACCAACACCACCAUUUUCCACCCAGACGCCUUUUUUCUGACAGGCCUCCCAGGACUUGAGGCUUUCCAUGGCUGGAUUUCCCCGCCCUUUUGCUGUAUUUACUUGAUGGCUCUGCUGGGCAUUGCUACAAUUCUACUGACAAUCUGGUCUGAUCGUACUCUUCGGGACCCUAUGUUCUACUUUCUAGCCAUCUUAUCAGCCAUAGACCUAGCCCUCUCAACAUCCUCAGUGCCUCGUAUGUUGGGUAUCUUCUGGUUUGAUGCACACAAAAUUGGCUUUGGAGCCUGGGUAGCCCAGAUGUUUCUGAUACACACUUUCACAGGAAUGGAGUCCACUGUGCUGCUGGCAAUGGCCUUUGACCGCUAUGUGGCCAUCUGUACACCACUCCAGUACACCUCUACUCUGACACCCCGAGUAUUGGCAGGCAUUGGUGUGAGCAUUAUAAUGCGCCCAGUCCUGCUCAUGUUGCCCAUUCUCUACCUAACCCAUCGUCUGCCCUUCUGUGAGGCUCGGAUUAUUGCCCACUGCUACUGUGAGCACAUGGGCAUUGCUAAGUUGGCCUGUGCUAGCAUUCACAUCAAUGCUAUUUAUGGGCUUUUUGUGGCUUCUUAUUUGGAUGUCGCACUUGUUGGAAUCUCCUAUACCUACAUUCUCCGAGCUGUUUUCCACCUCCCAUCUCAAGACACUCGUCACAAAGCACUGAGAACGUGUGGCUCACAUGUUGGGGUCAUGUGUGUUUUCUAUACACCCUCCCUCUUCUCCUUCCUCACCUACCGAUUUGGCAAAAAAAUUCCCCGUUAUGUCCACAUUCUUGUUGCCAACCUCUAUGUGGUCAUUCCACCUGCCCUCAAUCCUAUUAUCUAUGGUGUGAGAACCAAGUAGAUUCAUGAGCAUGUGGUCCAUACUUUCACCUCAAAGUAA